AUGAUAAUACCCCUUGCUUAUACUGAUAUAGAUGAUGUAGAACCAAUAGGUUUAAAUGUGUGUAUUUUUGAAAAAGAAGUUUUGGUACGUAAGCCAGAGAAGAUAGUUGUAGAUGGUGUUGUAAGGUAUCCAAUGAAAGAAGUUUUGGUAAAAAAAAAUAUUUCUCAUUGUUGUGAUGGAUUUUAUCAAAAUUCAAAUAAUACCUGUUCAAUAUGUGAUUAUGGAAAAUAUGGAAAAAAUUGUUCUUUGGAUUGUGGAGAAUGUCAAAAUAAUAUGAUAUGUAAUAAUGUAGUUGGUUGUGCUCUUGAUCCAUUACUUGUCCAAAAAUCAUUAUUUAAAAAAUAUUUUGGUUAUGGUCUUUUGGCAUUAAUUGGAGCUGUUUCAUUACUUGUAUUUUUAGUAAUGUACUAUAGAAAAAAAUAUAGAAAAGAAAAAGAUCCUGCUUUACCUACAGUUGUUUAUCAUGAUACAAAAAGUCAAGAUGGGGGAGAGGAAGGAACAAAUGUUGAAAUAAAUAAUCCUAUUUAUAGUUUUCAAGAUCUUAUUGAUGGGUCUGAUAAAAGUUUAAAAAAAACAUUUCCAGACAAUGAUGAUGGACAAAAUAAAUAUGAAGUUCCCGGUGAAAGUUCAAAUAUAUAUACUUCAAUUCAAGAAAGUAAAGAUGAUUCAUCUAAAACUUUGACACCAGAACGUUCAGGAAAUUUAUAUUCAGAUUGGGUUAUUUAUAAUUAA